GGGGGCGGGGUGCGUGGCAGUUUAAAAGCCGUUCUCGCUUCUCGCUGGUCCAGGCUCCGCCGUGCGCAGGCGCGAAGGUCUCUCCUUGUCAGUCCGCGCCGCGUGCGAGCUUGUGGCUCUGUGGCAGCGGCGGCUGCUGGUAUCUGGCACCAUGAGCGGCUUCAGCAGCGAGGAGCGCGCCGCGCCCUUCACCCUCGAAUAUCGAGUCUUCCUCAAAAAUGAAAAAGGACAAUAUAUAUCUCCAUUUCAUGAUAUUCCAAUUUAUGCAGAUAAGAAUGUAUUCCACAUGGUGGUUGAAGUACCACGCUGGUCUAAUGCAAAAAUGGAGAUUGCUACGAAAGACCCUUUAAACCCAAUUAAGCAAGAUGUGAAAAAAGGAAAACUUCGUUAUGUUGCAAAUUUAUUCCCUUAUAAAGGAUAUAUCUGGAACUAUGGUGCCAUCCCUCAGACUUGGGAAGACCCAGGACACAAUGACAAACACACUGGCUGUUGUGGUGACAAUGACCCAAUUGAUGUGUGUGAAAUUGGAAGCAAGGUGUGUGCGAGAGGUGAAAUAAUCAGGGUGAAAAUUCUGGGCAUACUGGCAAUGAUUGAUGAAGGGGAAACUGACUGGAAAGUCAUUGCCAUUAAUGUGGACGAUCCUGAUGCAGCCAAUUAUAAUGAUGUUAAUGAUGUCAAGCGGCUGAAACCUGGCUACCUGGAAGCUACUGUGGACUGGUUUAGAAGGUAUAAGAUUCCUGAUGGAAAACCAGAGAACCAGUUUGCUUUCAAUGCAGAAUUUAAAGAUAAGGACUUUGCAAUUGAUAUUAUUAAAAGCACUCAUGACUACUGGAGAGCAUUAGUGACAAAGAAGAUCGAUGGAAAAGGAAUCAGUUGCAUGAAUACCACAGUGUCUGAGAGCCCCUUCAAGUGUGAUCCUGACGCUGCCAAAACCAUUGUAGAUGCUUUGCCACCACCGUGUGAAUCUGCCUGCACAGUACCAACAGAUGUGGAUAAAUGGUUCCAUCACCAGAAAAACUAAGGAAAUCUCUCUGUAAUACAAGCUGAUAUUGCUGCAUCCUAUUCAUCUGGAAGUAUUAGAUGCAAAAGUUGUAGCUUUUCAAAGCUUUAAAUUUAUAAAACUAAUCUGUAAAGCAAAUUCUGCUGUGGCCAAUAUAUUCAGAAUGUUAUCAGUCUUAGAGCAUUUUUCGUAUCUCAACUAAGGUAACUUAGUACAUGCUUAAAUAUCAAAGCAGGUGUUAUAGUUUGAAAGUCAUUUGUGAAUAAACAUGCAUGAUAAGUACAUAUUGGAUGUAUAUGUUUACCAUGUAUUAGAAAAUAAAAUUAUUUUGCUGAAACUUG